AGAUCUUCAAAUUAAUUUCUAAUCAUUGUUCAAAAUGACGAGCUGCCGCGCCUCGUAAACGCAACCAAAUGACCAGUGCGGUUCCUCUCAUCUCAGACGCGACGUCUCGCCAUCUCAACGAGAUCUUAACCACAAUUUCUCGCCGCCGGCCAUCUCCGGCCACACUCCACCCGCCUGCGCCGCCUUCAAACAACAAUCUUUCUCCUAAUCUAUCUUCACCGCCCAUUAAUCUUCGCCACCCCCUCCUCCGCGCCGUCAACUUCUAUCGCUUCCACCAAAGCUCAUCCGCCCUCACACAAAUCCUCGCCAAGCUCUUCGUCUCCGGUCUCAUAUUCCACCCCUUCGCCGCCGGUCGCGCGCUCCUCGCCCUCUCCUCACUCCCCUCCUCCCUCCCCCUCGCCGUCACUCUCUUCUUCGUCCUCCCCCACCCCGACGCCUUCGCCGUCAACAUUAUCCUUCGCUCCCUUCUCGCCGCUGGUCUCCCCGCCGCUGCCUUCAACUUCUAUCGCCGCCUUGUCCUUCCCGCUGCCGUUGCUCCUAACCACUUCACCUUCCCUCUCCUUAUGAAAAUCUUCUCGAUACUCAAUCUGCCUCUCGAGGGCAAAACAACACAUGCCCGCAUCGCCAAGCUCGGCUUUGACACCGAUCUCUUCGUCCGCAACUCCCUCAUCCAUAUGUACGCUUCAUUAGGUGACAUUUUCGCCGCUGAAAAGAUUUUUACUUUUUUAAAUAAACAUGAUUGCGAUACUGUCACUUAUAAUUCCAUGAUCGAUGGGUAUGUUAAGAACGGGAGGACUGCCGACGCACGCAAGGUGUUUGACCGAAUGCCCGAGCAGGAUGUGGUAAGCUGGAACACCAUGAUUGCUGGGUAUGUAAAUAAGGGUGAUAUGGAUGGUGCCAAGGAGCUAUUUUGGAUGAUGCCUGAGAGGGAUAUGGUCUCAUGGAACUCCAUGAUUGAUGGAUAUGCCAGGAUUGGAGAGGCUUCGAUUGCGAGAGAGCUCUUUCACAGUAUGCCUGUGAGGAAUUUGGUUUCUUGGAAUGUCUUACUGGCUCUUUAUGCUCGGCUGAAGUGUUACAGAGAGUGCUUAGAUAUGUUUGAUGAAAUGAUGUCUGGUAGGAAUGCAAAGCCAGACAAAGCUACCUAUGUUAGUGUGCUUACAGCAUGUACUAACCUUGGUCAGCUUGACAGAGGUAAAUGGAUACAUUCCCUGAUUAGAGAGGGAUCCUUAGAACCUGAUGUGCUCCUAUUGACUGCUCUUCUUACUAUGUAUGCCAAGUGUGGUGCAAUUGAAUCUGCAAAGGAAGUGUUUGAUGAAAUGCCUGAACGGAGCACAGUUUCUUGGAAUUCAAUGAUCAUGAGCUAUGGACUCCAUGGUCAAACUGACAAGGCACUUGAACUGUUCCUUGAGAUGGAAAAGAGUUGCUCAAAGCCAAAUGAAUCGACCUUCGUAUGCGUUCUCAGUGCUUGCUCUCAGUCAGAUUCUGUGCUUGAGGGAUGGUGGUGUUUUGAUCACAUGAUUCGUGCUUAUAACAUUAAACCUAAAGUCGAGCAUGUUGGGUGCAUGGUGGGUCUUCUUGGUCGCAGCGGUUUGUUGAAAGACACUGCAGAGUUCGUUAAGGAUUUGACAGAGAAACCCAUGAAGGCUUUAUGGGGUGCGUUGAUGUCAUCUUGCUGGAGACAUUCUAAUUGGGAGAUUGGGAAAUUUGUAGGUAAAAAACUUAUAGAAAUGAUGCCUGAGGAUAUUGGCCCUUACAUUUUGUUAUCAAAUAUAUGGGCAGCUGAGGGGAAUUGGGAAGAGGUGGACAAGGUUAGGGAGAUGAUUGAGGAGAGGGGCUUGCAGAAGCGUGCUGGAGUAAGCUUGGUUGAACUGGAUAUCACUGUUCAUACUUUGAGUGAGGAUAAUUUGUUAGGUUUUAGCCCGAAAGAGAGAAUUGUUUAUUCUCUCCUGAGAGAGAUGGGUAGUCUCUUAAAGAUUUCGUGGACAGAAGUUAAUGCGAUCAAAGAAAGUUUGUGAUGCAUAUUUGAGUUGAUUCAUCAAAUAAACCUGACCAUGACUCCGUUUGGGAUGGCUUUUUUA